AUGAAGAAUGGGAUUGACUCCAUUCUCUCUUUCUUAGGACACCACACCAGCAGGGCUCUUUUUGGUGGUAAGUUUGAUCAUGCAGAUCGCCUUUUCCAAAGCAUUGAAGGCACUUAUCGAAAUUGCCUUUCUAAUACAAGUGAUGUGAAGGAGUUGAUUCCUGAGUUCUUUUACAUGCCGGAGUUUCUUGUUAAUUCAAAUUCUUAUCAUUUGGGAGUCAAACAAGAUGGGGAACCACUAGGAGAUGUUUGCCUCCCUCCCUGGGCCAAGGGCUCACCUGAAUUAUUUGUAAAUAAAAAUCGAGAGGCACUUGAAAGUGAAUAUGUUAGCUCAAAUCUCCAUCACUGGAUUGAUUUGGUGUUUGGAUAUAAGCAGCGAGGAAAACCAGCAGUAGAGGCUGCAAAUAUUUUUUAUUAUUUAACUUACGAAGGUGCUGUUGAUCUGGACACCAUGGAAGAUGAGUUGCAGAGAUCAGCAAUUGAAGACCAGAUUGCAAACUUCGGCCAGACUCCAAUUCAGAUUUUCCGCAAAAAACACCCUAGAAGAGGGCCUCCAAUCCCAAUUGCUCAUCCUUUAUACUUUGCACCUGGUUCUAUUAAUUUAUCAUCCAUUGUGUCUUCGAUUACCAGUCAUCCACCUUCAGCAGUAUUAUAUGUUGGUACAUUGGAUUCGAAUAUUGUUCUUGUAAACCAAGGGCUAACUUUGUCAGUUAAGAUGUGGUUGACAACUCAGCUGCAAUCUGGUGGCAAUUUCACUUUCUCUAGCUUCCAGGAACCGCUAUUUGGAAUAGGUUAUGAUGUUCUUUCUGCUCGAAAAAUCGGCAGUCCUUUGGCUGAAAAUGUUGAACUAGGAGCACAAUGCUUUGCAACAUUGCAAACACCAACUGAGAAUUUUUUAAUCUCGUGCGGUAAUUGGGAAAACAGUUUCCAAGUCAUUUCUUUAAAUGAUGGAAGAAUGGUGCAGAGCAUUCGACAGCAUAAAGAUGUGGUCAGCUGUGUGGCAGUGACAGCUGAUGGUAGUAUCCUUGCUACUGGAAGUUACGACACCACAGUCAUGGUAUGGGAGGUUCUUCGUGCCCGAACCACUGACAAGAGAGCUCGAAAUAGACCGACUGAGCUAUCCCGUAAAGAUUAUGUCAUUGCUGAUACUCCCUUUCAUAUUCUUUGUGGGCAUGAUGACAUAAUUACAUGCUUAUGUGUUAGUGUGGAGCUUGACUUAGUUAUUAGUGGUUCAAAGGAUGGAACUUGUGUUUUCCAUACCUUGAGGGAGGGAAGAUACGUAAGAUCUUUACACCAUCCAUCUGGCAAUGCGUUGUCAAAACUUGUUGUUUCUCGACAUGGACGGAUAGUCUUUUAUGCUGAUGACGAUCUUAGUUUACAUCUGUAUUCUAUUAACGGAAAACAUCUUGCCACCGCUGAAUCUAAUGGGCGCCUCAACUGUGUUGAACUUAGCAAAUGUGGUGAGUUUUUGGUCUGUGCAGGUGACCAAGGACAGAUAGUCGUGUGGUCUAUGAACACAUUCGCUACUGUCAGAAGGUAUAAUGGAGUUGGAAAGAUAAUAACUUGUCUUACAGUAACUGAGGAGGAAUGCUUUUUAGCUGGGACCAAGGACGGAAAUCUUCUUGAUACUGAAAAUUUGUUCACAUCUGUAAUGGAUGUUCAGACCAGUAGACUCGUUCCAUCUGAGCCGAAGACAGUGAAGGAUUUAUGCUAUGCAGUUGGGGGCUACCAGAUAGGAAGCGGACUAAAGUUUCAGCUUCCUGUUGCAAUAUACAGAGACCUUGAAUAA